AAUAGAGCAUUGGGUGGUAUUGUGCAAUGCUGCAAUGAUGUUGAUGACAAACGGCAGCAGCAACAGAUAAUAAUAGACGCCCCACAGCGCCAGGAGAGAGGGAGGAGGAGCCAGCUGUGUGUGUGUGUGCGUUUGUGCAAAACCGGAAAAGCAUCAACUGCUUCCAAGUGAAGGACAAGCACACGUACGCGGAUGCGAAUGCGAAUGUGGAGGCGUAUGCGUAUGUGGACAUUGCCCUAAGGCCACACGCACACAAAAAAUGCGUUUGCUGCAGCUGUUGAUGGCCCUGUCGCUGCUCUGCGGCGCCAUCUCCUGUGCCAACAUCCUGGCCGUGCUGCCCAGUGUCUGGAAGUCGCACUAUCUUUUUGGCCGACGACUGCUGCAGGAGCUGGUGGCCAGUCCGCGGAAUCAUUCGAUCACUCUGAUCAGUCCGCAUGCCUUGGAGGCGGGUGGAGUGGAUGCAGAACUGCCAAACAUCAGGGAAAUACGCAUUGAGGGGCUCAAGGAGAACUGGGUGGGUAUGGGCAUGAGCUUUGAGCCGGAACAGAUGCGGUCGCAGAGUGUGAUGGAACGUUUCACGCGGCUCAUUUAUGCGGGCACUACCAAUGUGGAUUUGUUGCUGUCGGAUCAGCAGGUGCGGAAGCUGCUAACCAGCGGCGAGCAGUUUGAUCUAUUGAUUGUUGAUUUGUUUCUAAGCGAUGCCCUCUUGGGCCUGGCCUACUACUAUGGCAUACCCACCGUUGCAAUCAGUCCCACCGGUGCCAAUUCCUGGCUAAACAACAUGUUCGGCAAUCCCCAAUCGUCGUCCCUGGAUCCAAGCAACUUUCUACCCUUCACAGAGCGCAUGAAUACCCAACAGCGGAUCGUCAAUAGCCUCAUGAGCACUUUCGAGCGUCUAACCUACAACUUCUUUCAUUUGAUCUCCCAGCAGACGGUCUACUCGAAACACUUUGAGAUGCUGGUGCAGGAACUGCCGCUGUAUCGGGAUCUAACGAAGAAUCUCAGUUUGGCUCUGAUAAACUCUCAUCCGGGCCUAAACUAUCCGCGUGCCUAUUUGCCCAAUAUGGUGGAGGUGGGUGGCCUCCACUUGACGGCUCGCACGGACCUACGCCCAUUGCCGAACCAUCUCCUGUCGUUUAUGGAGUCUGCUGCGGGGGGUUGCAUCUACAUGAGUCUCGGUGCCGAUGUCCAGACAGCGCAGUUGCCCAGCGAAAAGUUGGCCAUAUUCAUGGAUGUUUUCGGUCACCUCAAGGAGUUCCAUUUCGUGCUAAAGUGGGAAAACGAGGAUUUUGUAUCGAGUCUGGAGCUGCCGGAGAAUGUGAUGAUUGCCAAUUGGUGGCCCCAGCAGGCGAUAUUGUCGCACACGCUGGUCAAGCUGUUCAUCAGCAGCUGCGGCCAGUUGAGCGUAUGGGAAUCCGUUAUGGGCGAGACGCCCAUUCUGGCCAUACCCAUACUGGCCGAACAGGAGGUGAUGGCCAAGCGUCUGCAGCUGAAUGGAGUCUCGCUGACGGUCAACUACGAUGCCAUAGCCUAUGAUGCCCUGCUGCACGGCAUCCGGCAACUAACACUGAACACCAGCUAUUCGGAAAGUUUAGUCAAACUAAGGAAACGUCUUGGUGGUCCCUCGCCAUCCUCUCUGGCCGUUGGCCAAAUUGAGCUCAUUCUGGACUCGGGUGGCGCGGAUUUCCUCAAGUCCCAUGCAAAUACUCUUAAUUACUGGCGUCUGGAGGGCCUGGAUGUGCUCGUGAUCAUUACAAUCGGCUUUGUUGGUAUUCUGACUAUUCCGUUUUUGGUUAUUUCUUGCAUCCUACGCAAGUCGUACUACAGCGAAGCGUGCCAGGAUCAGCAGCCGCCCUAUCGUUCCACCCUGAAAGUAGUGGGCAGGGUUCAUAGCUAUGGCGAACCAGGAGGCACUCCAGCAGAGCCCCUGAGACGCACUCGCUCGGCCCAGUCCCUUUCGGCACGCUCCAGCUCGUCCAGCUUCAGCUCCAACACGACACCGCCAACAACAGCAUCGACCACACCGUUGGAUAUGACACCACCACCGCCAGCGGUGGUGCAACUCCUGGGGCAUGUACCAUCGCCGUUGCAGCUGUAUGUUAAUCAACAGCAGCAACAGCAGCAGAUAUACUCAAACUCCGAUUUGAGCAAUCGACAACAAGCAUCACAAGAUGACAACACAGAACGAAGGUUUUCAUAGUCAGAACAGAAACUAAAACUAUAUCUUAUAAAAUGCAUACAUAUUAACUCUACCGUUUAGGGACUAGGCUUAGGCGUGAUUUGUUGUUAAUGUCCGUGGAGCUUUGGUUUAUUUUUUUCGGCCAAGUUGUACUGUUUAUGUAAAUAGUUUUUAAAACCCCAAGAGAUAUUCGAGUAUAUUUAAUUUGAUGUCUGUUGAUGAUAUUACCUAUUACCUAGUACCCCCCUUUGUCACAAUACCUCCCCCCCUUAAAAACUUCGAUUUAGAAGACUGAGCAAUAUAUGUAUGUGCAUACAUGUAUGUAUGUAAAAACCAUUUGAUGACAAACCGAAAAGCUUGAAAGUGUAUAAACAAUUGCAGUUUAACUGCAGACAAUUCAGCCCAAGAUGUAUACUAUAUAUUGAGCAAGAUAUGUCCUAAAUGUCUCUAAACAGAAUUUCUCAGAGCUUAAAUGGGUCCUUUUUUUGAUGGCAAAUUUAUGGUUGCA